AUGCGGGCAAGUCGAUUUCGUUUAACUGCUAAUAUCUCGGAAAUGGAGCUUCAGAUUGCAAAACGUCAAAUAACAGAUCAACAAGACAUUAUUCCGAAAAAGAAAUCACAAAUAUUUCCCGAUUAUGAAAUAAUCUAUAGUUUUCCAAAAAUAAAAUAUUUGGCCAUGUUAAAUCUAGCAAAGCGUAAUCAAACUAUUAUGUGUGGGGCAUGUAUAUUACCAUGCGUAGGUUUACAAUGGAUAGGUUUUAUUUCACCAUCUGGUUGUGAAACAAUCCUACUCCUUAGUUGUUGGUUUACCAUUUCAAUUCAUAUUGCUACUAUACUGUUGACCAAUGCUGUUGGAUAUAUAUAUUUCAAUGAAAAGAACCAACAAGUAAUAGUAUCAUAUUUAAGUUAUUGGGGUAAAAGGAUAGAUCUAAAAACUGACAUCGAGAAUAUUAUACCAAUUUCAGAAUGUCGUAAGAACGUGUUUUAUAUGGUAUAUAGAGUAUUGAUGAUUAAAAAUUGUAAACACAAUUUGAAACUAACCAUACCAUACGGACAAACCGUUCAAAAAGAAUAUAUGGCUUAUAUACUGGGUAUUUAAGGGUCAUAUUUUGUAUUGAAUAC